CUCCAUGCUGCUGUUUUGUAGCUGUUGCGCGUCAACUGCUCCGACAGACACUCUAAUUAGUGAUCACCACAAAAUCAAACUUUGUGGAACUUGACUGCCAAAAUGAAGUGUGUCAUUGAAAGAAACGGUGUUAAAGUGUUUGGGAAGGCUAUUCAUGCCCUGGCACGCAUAGGAGAUGAAUUAUGGUUGGAUCCUAUGAUGAAAGGGUUGGCAAUGAGGUCCGUGAACUCAGCCCAUUCUGCCUACGCCUGCUUCCUCUUCUCCCCAUUGUUCUUCCAACACUACAGCCCAGACACAGGACCAGCCCAGGACUGUGGAACUGUCAAAUGCAAGUUGGUCAUGAAGUCAGUGCUGCCGCUAUUUCGGUGCCUGGCUACCAUUGAGCGUAAUGUGGAUAGCUGUCAAAUAUCCAUCAAUCUCCCAGACAACCGGGUGAUAUUCCAGUUUCACUGCAGACAUGGUAUCACCAAAACACACAACAUGGGUUUCCAGGAGAGUGAAGCUCUGCAGGCAGUGUUUCCUUCUCACCUCUGCCCCAAUGUCCUGAAGGCCCAGCCCAGACUUCUAGGCGACAUGGUGAUGCACUUCCCAGUGUCUCAGGAAGAGAUCACUCUGUCCAUGUCUCCUCUGAGAGUCAAUCUGAAAAGCUACUAUGAAGAUGAAAGUGAUCAAAUGAAGGCCAUGCACACUGAGAUGUCUUUAGAGCCCAGUGAGUUUGACUACUUCCAGGUUGGAGUUGACUCAGACAUAACCUUCUGUCUGAAGGAGCUGAGGGGAUUGCUGUCAUUUGCUGAAUCACAUGGUCUACCAGUAUCUGCCCACUUUGGCGCUGCAGGAAAGCCGGUGGCCUUCAGUGUAGAGGACAUGGUGCUGGAGGCCAGUGUGGUGUUGGCUACUCUUGUCAACCCAGAGAGCAGGACCCCCUCCCAGGCUACAGAGGCCCAGGCUCCUGCUGCACUAAGAUGUGGAGGUGUUGCGGAGCCUACGGAGGGCCCGUGUGAGGCAGAUGCCGGUCCCCCCCAGGCCCAGGGGUUUCCCUCUGCAGGCGAGCUGAUAGCAUCCAGCCAGGGAAGCCCAGUGUUCAGUGGAACAGCCCUCAUGAGAGAGUUCACCAGGACAGGAGAAGAUUCUGACAGGCUCAGAACACCACGUUACACACACAGAGGUCGUGGCAUCACAACUCCUCCUUCCUCCAAGGUUCGCUCCCUCCUCUUUGGGGCCGUGUCCUGUGAGCAAGGUGAUGGUUGCACCUCUAUGCUGCCCAGUCUGGUGUGUUCCAGUGAUACAGAAGAUGGGGGAGAGGAGAGGGCCAGUGGUGCACUGUAAGUUACCACACAACGAUGACCAAGCCAAGAACUGUUUUCAUACCCUGCAAUUUUUUUCAGCAGACCAUAGUCUUUUCCCCAUUGUAUAUUGUAAAUGCAUUUAAAUGAGAUAUUUUUCAAUUAUUUUGAGUGCUUUAAAUGAAAGUUCAUAAA